AUGGCCACCCCCCCGGCCCGCACUGUCCUUGUCACCGGCUGCUCCUCGGGCAUCGGCCUGGCCGUGGCCGUGAGCCUCGCCCGGGACCCCCAGAGGCGAUACCUGGUGAACAACGCCGGGGUGGGGCUGGUGGGACCCCUGGAAAGCGCCUCGGGGCCGCAGGUGCAGCGAGUUUUCGACACGAACGUUUUUGGGGUUCUGCGCCUGGCCCAGGCUCUGCUCCCCCAAAUGAAGCAGCGCCGCAGCGGCCACAUCGUGGUGGUCAGCAGCGUGAUGGGGCUGCAGGUUUACCUGCCCGCCAGCCGCCAGGUGUUCCGCACCUUCGGCCAGAGCCCCGAGGAGGUCGCGCAGGCCAUCGUGGAGGUGAUCGGAGCCCCCCGCCCCCCAUUCCGGACCCCCACCAACCCCCUGUACUCGCCCCUGCUCGCCCUGCGCUUCGCCGACCCCCGCGGGGAUUUGGGGGUCCGCACCUUCCACCGCCUCCUCUUCGACCUGGGGCCCGUCUUCCACCUGANUUGUUUUCAAUGA